CGGGCGGCGGCGGCCGGAGGGGGCAGAGCGGCGGCGGAGCCAGCGCCGAGACCGCCGGAACAGCGGAGCCGCCGCCGCGGCCGCAGGUGCUGAGCCAUGGCGGUGUGGAUCCAGGCGCAGCAGCUCCAGGGCGAAGCCCUGCGGCAGAUGCAGGCUCUCUAUGGGCAGCACUUCCCCAUCGAGGUGCGGCACUACCUGUCACAGUGGAUCGAGAGCCAGGCCUGGGACUCCAUCGACCUCGACAACCCGCAGGAGAACGUGAAGGCGACGCAGCUGCUGGAGGGGCUGAUCCAGGAGCUGCAGAAGAAGGCAGACCACCAGGUGGGCGAGGAUGGCUUCCUGCUGAAGAUCAAGCUGGGCCACUAUGCCACGCAGCUGCAGAACACCUACGACCGGUGCCCCAUGGAGCUGGUGCGCUGCAUCCGGCACAUCCUGUACCACGAGCAGCGCCUGGUGCGGGAGGCCAACAACAGCCCCUCCCCAGCCGGGUCCCUGGUGGAUGCCAUGUCCCAGAAGCACCUCCAGAUCAAUCAGACCUUCGAGGAGCUGCGGCUCAUCACGCAGGACUCGGAGAACGAGCUCAAGAAGCUGCAGCAGACGCAGGAGUACUUCAUCAUCCAGUACCAGGAGAACAUGCGCCUCCAAGCCCAGUUCUCCCAGCUCUCCCAGCUGGGCCCCCAGGAGCGGCUGUCACGAGAGACGACUCUGCAGCAGAAGAAGGCAUCGCUCGAGGCCUGGCUGCACCGAGAGGCCCAGACACUACAGCAGUACCGAGUGGACCUGGCUGAGAAGCACCAGAAGACGCUGCAGCUGCUGCGCAAGCAGCAAACCACCAUCCUGGACGAUGAACUGAUCCAGUGGAAGCGGCGCCAGCAGCUGGCAGGCAACGGGGGCCCCCCCGAGGGCACCCUGGAUGUGCUGCAGACCUGGUGCGAGAAGCUGGCGGAGAUCAUCUGGCAGAACCGGCAGCAGAUCCGGCGCGCAGAGCACCUGUGCCAGCAGCUGCCCAUCCCGGGCCCGGUGGAGGAGAUGCUGUCGGAGCUGAACGGCACCAUCACAGACAUCAUCUCUGCCCUGGUCACCAGCACCUUCAUCAUUGAGAAGCAGCCCCCCCAGGUGCUGAAGACCCAGACCAAGUUCGCAGCCACCGUCCGGCUCCUGGUGGGGGGGAAGCUGAACGUGCACAUGAACCCCCCCCAGGUGAAGGCCACCAUCAUCAGCGAGCAGCAGGCCAAGGCCCUGCUCAAGAACGAGAGCACCCGCAAUGAGAGCAGUGGGGAGAUCCUCAACAACUGCUGUGUGAUGGAGUACCACCAGGCCACCGGCACGCUCAGCGCCCACUUCCGCAACAUGUCCCUGAAGCGGAUCAAGCGCUCGGACCGGCGCGGGGCGGAGUCGGUGACGGAGGAGAAGUUCACCAUCCUCUUCGAGUCGCAGUUCAGCGUCGGUGGCAACGAGUUGGUCUUCCAGGUGAAGACCCUGUCCCUGCCCGUGGUGGUGAUCGUGCAUGGGAGCCAGGACAACAACGCCACAGCCACGGUGCUCUGGGACAAUGCCUUUGCCGAGCCUGGCCGUGUGCCCUUCGCGGUGCCGGACAAGGUGCAGUGGCCGCAGCUCUGCGAGGCGCUCAACAUGAAGUUCAAGGCAGAGGUGCAGAGCAGCCGUGGGCUGACCAAGGAGAAUUUGGUGUUCCUGGCACAGAAGCUCUUCAACAGCACCAGCUCCCACCUGGAGGACUACAGCAGCACCACAGUGUCCUGGUCCCAGUUCAACCGGGAAAACCUUCCCGGGAGGAACUACACCUUCUGGCAGUGGUUUGAUGGCGUCAUGGAGGUGCUGAAGAAGCAUCUGAAGCCGCACUGGAACGAUGGGGCCAUCCUGGGCUUUGUCAACAAGCAGCAGGCUCACGACCUGCUCAUCAACAAGCCGGAUGGGACCUUCCUGCUGCGCUUCAGCGACUCCGAGAUCGGUGGCAUCACCAUCGCCUGGAAGUUCGACUCCUCCGAGAGGAUGUUCUGGAACCUGAUGCCUUUCACCACUAGGGACUUCUCCAUCCGCUCCCUGGCCGACCGCCUGGGGGACCUCAGUUACCUCAUCUAUGUGUUCCCUGACCGGCCCAAGGAUGAGGUCUUCUCCAAGUACUACACACCGGUUCUCUGUGAGUCCACGCCAGCUAAAGCCGUGGAUGGGUACGUGAAGCCACAGAUCAAGCAAGUGGUGCCAGAGUUUGUCAGCGCCUCAGGGGAUUCUGCCCCUGGAGGGGCCACCUACAUGGACCAGGUGCCCUCCCCCGCCGUCUGCUCGCAGCCCCAUUACAAUAUGUACACCCAGAACCCUGACACGGUGCUGGACCCCGAGGGGGACUUCGACCUGGACGACACCAUGGACGUGGCGCAGCACGUGGAGGAGCUGCUGCGGCGCCCCAUGGACAGUCAGUGGAUCCCCCACGCCCAGUCGUGACGGGGUGCCCGCGGCCCCUGCCCCCGGCCCCAGCGCUGCCAGGACUGUGCCGUGUUCGUGUCUCUGUGCCGGGGGGGCGUGGGUGGGCCCUGCCCCGGGGAUUCGCUCUGUGCUGCCCUGCACCGCAGGCCGGCGCCGGCCCCUUGGUGUUUCUGCCCUUCUAUAAACGGCAGCGGAUUUGUCGCAUGGUUUUCCUGUAUGUUCCUUUCCAGAGGCCCAGCUUCGGCUCCCUGCUUCUGCCAGCACCAGCCCUGCGGCCCCCCCGGCUUCCCGAGGGGCUGCCCGGGGUGGGGGCCGGGGGGCCGGGCUCGGGUUUGCUUUCGCAGUCGUCACUCAGAGUGUCUGUGUCGCCUUCUUGUGCUGCCCGUGGCUCCGGGCCCAGGGGUGCGUGGCUGCACCCAGCGCCCGUGCGGGGCCGAGGGGGGGUCGUGCUGGUGCUUUGCUCCGUGGUGGUGAGUCCCCUCCUGGACCUUGCCUCCUCUGACACCCCCAAGGAUGUGGGAGCCCUUUCGGCUCCCAGCCUCGGCGUCCCCUCGGGAGCCGGUGCGAGCGCGAUGGAGACGGGGGGUGAGGGUGCCCAGGCGGGGCCGGGUGCUGCGGGCAGUCUGCCCCCACCAGCACCUCCCCUGGCCUUGGCCGAGAAGCUCGGGGGUCCUGGCCAUGUUAUUUUUCUAUCACAGAGUAAAUAAAGCACGGAAUAUUUUUGUAAC